GAAACGAUUUCUCUCGCGCAGAUCGAGGCGCCAUGGAGGUCGAUCCGGGUGCAGCGCUGGAAGCGCAGCGCAAGGCUCAUCCAGAGUUGGGUGAGCAGCUGGACAAGAUGCAGAAGUACAUGACUACCAAGCUGUACCACCAAUUGACACAAACUCUCUUGGAGUAUUUGGUGAGUCCACCCUUCACAAGUCCAGCAGCAGCCGAUGAGCUAAAGGGCUUCUUCGACAGCUUCAUCAAGGGCUUUGAUUCCAAGUUUGACAAAGUGCGAUGGGUGCAGAUCCUUUCGAUCAUUGCGAAACCCCAGACGCCUGCAGUAGCCCUCGAUCUCAUUGCGCCCUUUGAGGAAGCCAUGUCUGGCAGCCGAGAUGCCAAGUUUCUGUGGCAGACCUUGAAGGGGGAAAAGCUCACUCUAUCUGGAGACACAGAGGCAGCCAAGGAGCUGCUUGACAACUUGGGGUCCGAAAUUGAAGCCGCCUACGAGGUGCAGGCAUUGAUUCAGUCGCACUUCCACAAGACCAAGGCGUUGCUUUGGAAGACUCUGAGUCGGCCCCAAGAGUUCUACAAGAGCUCCAUCCUGUAUUUAGCGUUCACCCCACUCGAAGCUAUCCCAGUAGAGGAGCGACCGCGCAUUGCUUUUGAGACGGUGGUCUCCGCCUUGGUGGCUGAAGAGGAGUUCAACUUUGGCGAGUUGACUCAGCAGGAGAUCAUUCCAUCUUUGGAAGGCUCUCCUUUUGCUUGGAUCAGAGAACUUCUACAGGCCUUCAGUGAAGGUAAAUUCGAUUCGUUUGACAGCGCCCUUGCCAAAAACAAAGCUCAGAUGGACGCCACUCCUGAGCUGAAGUCCGCAGGAGACACUCUCAGGCGGAAGAUGUGUGCUCUGUCUUUGAUGGAGCUAGCUUUCAGGAAGCCCAAGAAACAACGGCGCUUGAACUUUGGGGAGAUUGCCCAGCAUUGCCGUGUCGGCGCCAGCGAGGUGGAGCAUUUGGUGAUGAAGUCCAUGUGCGCAGACCUCAUCCGUGGACAAAUCGACGAGGUGAAUGAGCUGGUCACGGUCACAUGGGUGAAGCCUCGCAUCUUGGAUCCAGUGCGCAUCGACCUGAUGCGCGAGCGUAUGGAUGCAUGGGCUUCACAGACAGGUUUGCUAUUGGAGCACCUUGAACAGGUGACACCCGAGCUGUUGGUGUCCUAAGCCAUGCAAGGGAUGCCCAGGACACUGUGAGCAUGGUGGACAGGCAGCUGAAUGGAUAGGCAAUCACUUCCUUCGGGCUCAGAAGAUUAAAAAAAAUAAUGGCAGCAAGAGGACAACUCUUUUGUGC